AUGCCCCAUCGCUCGGUAAGCCCGCCCGCCGCAGCCAAUCAGCGCCGCCGCUGCACUAGCGAGCCCUUAGCGGCGGCCGUGCUGAGUCAGCCGCGACGCACACAAGAAGCUCCGCCGGCGCGCUUCCUCCGUCUUUCUUUCAACCAUCUCCCUCAUCCUCGCAGAAGUUUUCGAACCAUCUACGAAGAUGAGAGCUAA